CGCUAACCACUUUGCUCGUCGCCAUUUUGCGCUUCUUCGGGGCUGAAGACCACUUCCCGGCGGACUUCGAACCCUGUCUGACCGAGUGCUUCUCCUGCGGUUCACGCUCUUGUUCCGACUUAUACACCAGCUCGUGCUGACUGACUUUCACACCACGGACCCUACCGUCAUCCAGUAGCAUCCGUUUUAACCGCCCCACAACGUUCCAGCAUCGACUGUGUGCAAAGGAUGCUCUAGUCCAGCCUGAAAAUGGCGGUGUCUGCAUUCCAGUCUCAGUGCACGCAAACUUCUGGUUCAAUGCCCUUAACUUCUGCAGACGAAUCCGAUAACAGUGUCUCUGGACCAAGAGAGGCUGCCUUGGCUGUUAUCAUGUGCUUAUGCCUGAUGGCCAUGGCGGGCAUGGUCGUCACCCUCAUCAUUACUACAAGCGAUAUUCUUGGUGGUGGCACCACCGUCGCGCGCACGGAUGCAGACAUCGAAAGCGAUCCACUCGGAAAUCCGCGUCCCUCAGCAGCAAAGCACCCAACGCCGGCCACAACAGAUCAGAUAUCUUCUACCCCACCCAUUGUUCAGAUGCCCUGGACAGUUAAAAUCACGCUUGCUACUACAACGACAACAACGACUACUACAUCGACGACGACCACCACUACGACGACGACGACAGUAGUCCCAGUGAAAGAAAUCAUCUGCACCGUAAGCGAGACUGCCAGUUCUGAAAGCAUGUACCCACCCGACAAGUACUGUGACUACCUGUUCUACAGUGACGUGGUCGCAUCUGCAGGCCAAAUUGUUGGAACGGUAGAUCCCUUCAGCUGGCAGGUAUUCCGGCAGAGGGUCAGGAAAUACAAGAUUAUGAAGCUGGGAAUUUCGUUCGCCUAUGGGGCACUGAAACUGGAUAAUUUGGACGACGCAGCUGGCGAUCUGAGCGCGCUGCGAAGACAGGGCAUCCGGCACUACGGACUGCUCACGGUGCUCGCGUUUCCCGACACGUUCAUCGCCACGGUAUCGAGAACGAAACCGAUUCUCGAGAAACUUAAACAGCUCCAGGGCAGGGACCAGACAGCGAAAACCGUCAUCGCCAUCGGCUGCGUCGAUUACAGCGGUAACUUCUUAUCCAACUUCACAGUGACACUCACGGAAGUUGCCAACACUUACAAGGUCGACAUUGUAAUUGCCAUCACUUCGGUGGGAUGGCUUGCAUACCCGGGAUUCUGUAAUGCCUUGCCGCCCACCAUGCUGACUUCCACGACUACACUUUACGAAGGCCUGUUAAAUCACUGGCACAUCGUGUCGCACCGAGCCAAUUUCACCAGACCGUGGAUACAGACUGGCCUAUCCUUCGACCUGUCCACACUGCAAUACGACCUUGUGGAGAGAGCACCUUCGCUCAACGAAAGUCUUUUCAGCCCAUGCCAGUCUGUGAAGAGGAAGAGUCAAGAAGUGCUUUGCGCAAAUGGCGACUUCAGAAGCAAGGCCGAUAAUUACUUCGGCGAUGAAGCAUCAGCGUACGGCGUUCUAUCCAAUGCAUCGAAAGUCGUCGCGAUGAGCGAGUACAACGACUCCGUGGCUUUCAAGUUCAAUACGGCCGUAGGGAAGAAAGGCAUUCGUGAGCGUACUGCGUGGCUCUUCUACAACGUGGACCUGCUGGACUUCAAUCACAAGUGCCCCGAGCCUACGUACACUGUCCUCAGACUGUUUUGUGUGGCGUUGAAAAGUCCAAGCGAUCAAAGGUGCCAAUGACAGAGGAGCAUCUUCGUUAAGUUGACAUGGCCGUCACCUUUUUGCAUGUACUAAGAAAAUUAAAAAAAGGAAUAAAUUUGUGA